GUUUACUUGCCCAAACUAAAGCUUUGUUUAGUUCUAAAUUUUUUGUAAAAUGAGUACCGUAGCAUUUUUAUUUAUAUUUGACAAAUAUUGUGGAAUGCUCCAUGCGACCUUAGUCACGUAGAGAUAUCUUUCAAGAACGAAUCUCGAACCAAGGAAUGACUGCGAUUUUUUUCCCCCGACAGGCCGACAAGUGUUACGAGCACAUAUACAAAACUUUUUGUUUCGCGCCAUUUUGUCCCCGUAUCCCGCCACGGGGCUACAUGACCCGCGCUCCUUCGUUACCCCGCGAAAAGCGAGACCCAUCUCCAGCAGCAGUCCACAGAGCCCCAAAUCCUCCACAGUCCACACGGAACGGCGGGCGGCACCGUACAUUGCUGACGAAAUGGCUCCCCGCCGCCCUCUCAAGAAGCGCCAGAUUCCUAAUUCCUCGGCCAUGCCGGUGGGUGCGGUGGACACCGACGCCCUGCUCUCCCUGCCCCAGGAGAUCCUCGACGAGGUCCUCGCACGCCUCGACCUCCGCGACGCCGUCCGCACCUCCGCACUCUGCCGCGCCUGGCGCCGCCGCUGGGAGACGCUCCCCUCCAUCGACAUCUCCAUCCCUUCCGGCAAGGAGGCGCUCUCGACCAUCGACUGCGUCCUCCUCCGCUGCUCCGGCCGCGUCCAGCGCUUCUACGUAUCCCUCGACAAGCUCUCGGCCCGCCGCCUAGACGACUGGCUCCUCGUCCUCUCCCGCCGCGGCUGCGUCGAGGAUAUUUUCCUCAGUCCGGAACCCCACGAGUUCUUCUCCCUUCAUUCCGCUGUCUUCUCUUGGCGCUGCCUCAUCUCCGUCGACCUCUCCGCCUGUCACAUCCCGCCGCUACCCCCAGACUUCGAGGGCUUUCCCGUCCUUAAAGUGCUAAGCCUUGUCGAUGUGAAGUUCCAGCAGAACGGAGAGUACCAACUGGAGGAGAUCAUUGAGACAUCCCCAUUGCUCGAGCAGCUGAUACUAUCUGAAGUCCACAUCGGGGGAGACGAGUUUAUUGAAUGGGAGAUCCGGGCGCCCAAUCUGCGUCACAUAACAAUUUGCUCAACUAUCGAUUAUGGCUGGGCAUAUUCGCAAGAAGUAAAUGGGACCAAGAUACUUGAAAACCUUCCAUGCAACUUUGACAACUUGAAGAGCCUGAAAUUGUUCAUGGACUUCUGUGAACUGCCCCCCAUUUUGUCAGUGUUUUGCUUACUAAAGAGUAUGCCGAAUCUUGAAAAACUUAAAAUGAAGAUCUACAAUGGCGAAGUGCAGAAAGUUGAGCUAAAUGGAGAGUUCCUAAAUGCACAGUGGGAAGAUGGCAUGUGUGCCAAUCUUCAAAUUUUGGAGAUGACUGGUAUCAAUUGGCUUCCAAAUGAAAUAUCUUUUAUGAAGCUCAUUCUUUCCAAAGCUAGGCUUCUUCGUACGUUAUGGAUUAGUCAUCAUGGUGAUUGCUCAGUGUCUCAUGUGGAUCCACUGCAUGAACUAGUAACAUGUGGAAAAGCUUCAGCUCAAGCUCAGGUUCUGUUUAAAGGUGCAGUUGAAAAUCAUUAGAUGGAUGGCGUCUUCUGUUCAUUAGUGAAUUGUUCACUUGAAUGAGACAGUGCUCCUUUUUUCAUUUGUCUUGAAUUAGUGUGGACGUCAGAAUUUCAGAUGUGAAAGAUGCAGAAAGUAGCUUGUCCAAUGAAUUUUCGUAGUUUUUUAUUUUAUUCAGAACAAAUUGAUGUGCUAUUGGCAAUGUGAUAAGGCUGUCGCGUCACACUGUUGUUUUGUAUCAGAUUCGAGACAGUUGUAUGCUAUGUGCUAUUACAGACUUGCCCUGAGUAGGCGAGGUA